UUUCGACUCGAUCUCAGUCUCUUUUUUUUUUUUUUUUUUUUUUUAAGUUUUAGUCGUUCGUUCGGCUUGCUUUCUCUCUUGGCAGAUGGAACCAGCCGCAGCGCCGAGUGCACCAGAACCGGCUGCCGGCGCCGCAGCACCGCACAUCUCACAGUUCAUUCCUUAUGGGAUGCCUGGAUAUCAACCCUCAGCAAUCCGGCGCGCGACGCUCGAGCAGCAGGCGCUGUUGAAUGCCAAGCCGCCAGAAGUCGUCCUGCUCGAGCAGGCGCUCAGCUCGUGUGUCGUCCACGGAAUGAUGGCCACCGGCGCAGGAUUUGUUGCCGGAGGCGCGUUCGGUUUGAUCACUUCGGGCAUGGAUCCAAACAUCCUGGGCACUGCCGAUCGCCCAACAGCCCUCAAGCCGCGAGAAGUAUUCCGCGAGAUGGGAAAUAGAAGCUGGACUUUUGCCAAGAAUUUUGCUCUUGUCGGUGGACUGUUCGCGACCAGCGAGUGCUACAUUGAAAAGUACCGAGGGAAAGUGGACAUCUACAACAGUGUAGGAUCUGGCUGCUUUGCUGGUGCCGCAAUGGGCUUCCGAGCUGGACCGCAAGCAGCUGCAUUGGGAUGUGCAGGUUUCGCCGCGUUCUCGGCUGCAAUCGAUUACUUUAUGAAACAUUAACAGCAAUGUCGAUCAGCGGUGGCCGAAAUGUCAAAGAAAACUUAUUAAAGAAACAGUGUAUUCUAGAAAAUA